AUGGUGAAGCUGGGAAACACUUUUAGCGAGAAGAGCACAAAGCAGCCCCUCCUGGAAGAUGGAUUUGACACCAUCCCCUUGAUCACGCCCCUGGAUGUCAAUCAACUACAGUUCCCGCCUCCUGAUAAGGUGGUGGUGAAGACAAAAACAGAAUAUGAACCUGAUCGCAAGAAAGGAAAAUUCCGUACUCCUAAAAUAGCUGAGUUCACAGUCAGCAUCACUGAAGGUGUCUCAGAACGGUUUAAGGUAACCGUUUUGGUCCUUUUUGCCCUUGCGUUCCUUACAUGCAUUGUAUUUCUGGUAGUCUACAAGGUUUACAAGUAUGACCAUACCUGUCCAGAAGGUUUCAUUUUCAAGAACAAUCAGUGCAUUCCAGCUGGACUAGAGAACUACUACUCUGAACAAGACUCUAGCGCUAGAGGGAAAUUUUACACGGUCAUAAAUCACUACAACCUGGCCAAACAGACCAUCACACGAUCUGUAUCUCCAUGGAUGACCGUGCUUUCAGAAGAGAAACUUUCUGAGCAGGAGACUGAAGCAGCGCAGAAAUUAGCUUAGAAUGAUUGACCUUGUUGAUUGGAAUGUAUCAAGAGGGCUUUCAUGGAACGUCUCAUUGUUAUGGAUAAUUUAGAGGUUACUCAUAUUUAUGAUGUAAUUGCUUUGGGUUGCUGAAAACUGCUUUGCAUAAAGGAAAAAUACGAAAAUGUAGACCAUUAAUGGCCAAGUGUAUAUCAACAUUGCUUUAGAGCUUUAGCACCAUUUUCUCUUGUAAUAAAAUGAACUUAAGUACAUUCUUGCAAAUUAAAUUUUUCAUUGAGCUAUUCAGGGUUGUUUUUUUUUACAUGCGAGCAUUUUACUAUCUUAUCUGUACUGGUGUUUUGUUUGUUUUAAAUUCAGUUUUGCAAUCUGAGUGUUCAUAGUCAUCAUUAGAAAUUAGGCUGAUUAGCUAUGAGCUCUAUCUAAAAUUGGCUUGCUACUCCAAAAUGAGUACCAAGAAAUAAACUUGGCCUGUUACGGUUCACUAUUCCAGAUAUGUUAAAGUUAAUUAAGUUAUUUGCAACAAGGCAUGCUUGAUUGUUGUUUUGUUAUGGCUGUGAACAUUUCACUGCGUUUCCACUAUGCCUAGAGAAUCCUGUAUAUGGACUUGCACCAAAACACAAAAUAGACACUACAGAGAUGUACGUAUUAAUGAUGGAUAAUUAUGUUUAGUGAGUGUGUAAGAAUGUAAGGCGGAAAAAUAUUCUGAUGAGUAGUGGAGCCCUAUGGAAUAAAUAGUCGGAAAACCUUUCAUUGUAGAUGUAGCACGCAACAUAAUUUGUGCAACAAGGAAAGGAGGAGUAAUUUUGUGAGAAUUUUCUCUUUUUGUACAACAUUAAAACAUUUCCCUUUUUAUAUGUUGCAAAAUGGUUUUUUGUUAGCAGCACCCUUUGGCAUUUUCUAACCUUUAAAUAUGAAAGCUGCAAUCCUAAGCAUAUUUACCAGGAAAUCGAUUCCACUGAACGCAGUGGGGCAUUCACAUAAACAUCUAUAGAACUGGUGAAAGGGAGAAAAUGCAUUA